CGUUGCCAUGGUGUUAACGGCUGCGCGUUCAGUCAACCAAUCAAAUUACAGCCUUGGGGAUUUUAAACUGUGUCACCGCGCACCUGCGGAACUUCAAUGUAGAGACGGAGACGAGUUGAAUGUUUCGCUGAAUUCUACUUGUUUCUUAAAGAUGGCGCAGUUUGGGUUUGAGAACGACAUCCAGAGUAUUUUGAAACUGGACAUGCCCAUCCUAAACGCUCCCAUGGCGAGGUGGCAGAGGAAGGCCAGCUCUUCCAACACAUCCAGCCUAAACGGUCUGUCGCCUGGAAAACCCACCAACGUGUCUCUGAGUUCUUCUAAAACACCGAGCAAAACACCAGGGAAAAGUAAGAAAACCCCCUCAAAGAUUGGUGGGGAUCGCUUCAUUCCUACAAGAAACAGCAAACAAAUGGAUGUGGCAAACUUCCUGCUUACAAAGGAGAACGAACCAUUGGAUGCCAACACAGCAGGAAGCACAUUGGAAAGCCAAAAAGCUUGGUCUGUAUCACUUAAUGGAUACAAUAUUGAAGAUGCAAAGAUUCUGCACUUUGGAGGAAAGCCACUAAACGCACCUGAAGGCUACCAAAACAAUUUAAAAGUUCUCUACAGCCAAGGUUCAACACCUGCCUCAACGAAGAAGACAAGAUACAUCUCUUCAACUCCUGACAGAAUAUUGGAUGCUCCAGAUCUUCGAAAUGACUUCUAUUUAAACCUUCUUGACUGGGGCAGUCACAACAUACUAGCGGUGGCUCUUCAUAACAGCGUGUACCUGUGGGAUGCCACUAAAGGUGACAUAAUUCUUCUUAUGAGGAUGGAGCGUGAGGAGGACUAUAUCUGUUCACUGUCCUGGACCAAGGAUGGAAGUUACCUGGCUGUAGGUACCAGUGACUGCAAAGUCCAGUUGUGGGAUGUUGAGAAUCAGAAGCGCCUGCGCAGCAUGUCUAGUCACACAGCAAGAGUUGGCAGUCUCAGUUGGAAUGACCACAUUCUUUCCAGUGGCUCCAGAUCAGGACAUAUACAUCACCAUGAUGUAAGGGUGGCAGACCAUCACAUCUUCACACUCACCACUCACACACAGGAGGUGUGUGGGCUUCAGUGGUCCCCUGAUGGCAGAUACCUAGCCAGUGGAGGAAAUGACAAUUUGGUGUGUGUGUGGCCACGCGUGCAUGAGGGCAGUGCCGGCAACGACACCCAGUUUGUUAAUUGCUGGAGUGAACAUCAGGGAGCUGUGAAGGCAUUGGCCUGGUGUCCAUGGCAGUCAAAUAUCCUUGCGUCAGGAGGGGGCACCAGUGAUCGCCACAUCCGCAUUUGGAAUGUCAAUAGUGGCUCCUGCAUCAGUUCACUAGACACACAGUCGCAGGUCUCAUCGUUGGUGUUUGCACCCAACUACAAGGAGCUGGUGUCUGCACAUGGAUAUGCCCACAACAAUGUUGUCAUCUGGAAAUACCCAUCUUUUUCCAAAGUGGCUGAGUUAAAUGGGCACGAGGACAGAGUUCUCAGUGUCAUUCUAAGCCCUGACGGCUCCACCAUCGCAAGUGUCGCUGGGGAUGAAACUAUUCGCCUAUGGAAGAGCUUUGAAUUGGAUCCCGUUAAGAAGAAAGCAAAAGAGAAGUUGACCAAAUCGACGAGCAGUGGGAUGCAUCAAUCUAUUCGAUAGUUUUAUUUUAUUUUUAUUUUUUUUUAAGUUUUUCUGAGGGGAUUUGAAAAUGACGAACUGACGGGUUUUCAAAUAGGUUUUUCCAGUAAGUAUUUGAAUGACUUGCAUUUUUGCAUAUUUUACUUCAAUAAACUGAUCUGAACAUUU